CAGUGUUUAUUCCAGUAUUACAGUAUACGGACGGGGCGAUGUCUUUCGCUAUAAUUUGUUGUGUGUGUUGGGUCUUUUUGCUGACACUUAUUUGACACCCCUAAUCGUUUAUUAUAGCUGGUUUCAGCGUGUAAGCGGUAAGACGUUGCAGGACUAAACCCGUUACCAGCACCAGCCCGGGAAUAGUUAAAAGUACAGAUCGUGUGCCCAGCGCCCACCCUCGGGUACAACCCCAGGACGAAAAGUAGGACUUGAUGCUUAAGGUGGAACCUCGUGGAAAACCCUUUGAAACAUCAUUGCUUUUGCAGAUGGCUUGCAGUCGACACCAACAACCGGGCUCUGCGCGGUCUCCGUAUCUCGCACAUGAAGGCUUUGAAUGUUCCCCCUUCUCGCUUUUUUUUCCCUUUCGCAACACGUUGCUGAGACGGGACACCACACCUCCUCAACCCACUCUCUCUACGGAAACUUCAGCGGAUUCCUUCCAGCAUAACAGCGCCCGGCAGAUCGCGCCUCGCCUCUCCGUGUGACCGCCGCGACAGCUGCGCCCAGCUCCGGGCUGGAGCACAUGAAGACGGCUGCUUGUCUCUCCGGGCUCGUCCGUGCAAGGUUUCGACUUUUUUUUUUUUUCGGCUGUCCUGCACGGAGGAGAAAAUAAAAUCACAUGAGCGCGGGCAGAAAAAGGGGGCAGAGCUUUCGGAGGGAAAAAAAAGGGUCUCUUUCGUUCGUGUAGCGUUCUUCUGCUUGCAUCUACUUUUCGCGAGAGAAAAACCGUUCGUUCUCCGUGUUUCAAGACAAUUACUCUCUGUCCUCCUUUCAAGCACCAGCUAGACAGUGCGUGGACAACCGAAGGACCGUAUGAAGCUGCCAGACUUUCUGAAAAUUCCCUGGCGGUGUUUUAAACCGAGAAGCUCGUCCUGCUACAGCGUAGCCGCUGACAAGCUGCGUCUGUGGUCGCAAACGCGUUUAAGGAGUUAACUCGCUUCGCUUGCUCUCUCUUGUUAGCUGGGGAAAUGGACUGCGUUGAAUAAAAAUACAUCUGUGGCAAACUGUGGACGACUGUUAUCUUUUUUUCUUCUGCUCCAUUGCGUCCUUCCAAGGUUGCCGGCGACAAACACGAACUCUUUUUUGUUUACAUAAUAACGGAGGAUUAGUAUUCCAGAUCACGAAGGGCAUUUUAAAUUGCUGCAGCGUUUGAAACUUAACAGUUUUUGUUCCACUGUAGCCACGCCUGUGUGUCGGUGACCUAGAUCGAGUCUUGCCUUGUGAGUCUCUCCCUUCCCUGCGGAAACCGAGAGCGUCUUUCCGAGCCGCGCACCGAGGGAGACCGGAGACCCUGACCGUUUGUGGAACCCCAGGUUCUGGGGGGUGUCGCAGAUCGACCAUGCAGCAGACCCCCACGGGCUGACAACACCGCUGCCGGGAAGCCGUGUGCGUGGCUGGGACGACGGGGCUGGUGCUAUGUGAAGGGACACACCCGAGUCACGUCCUGCGCACUGGAGCAUGACCUGAAGACAUCGGGGGGGACUUUCCUGGCUGUGUCUCCUAUGGGUUCCAGAGGCGUCUUCGAGGUCUCAGCUGUGAGGAGGAGAAAAGACAGCGAUUACGCGUAUCUUCCACCUUCAUACGCUGACUGAAGAAAUUACGAAGAAAUGGACGCUUUCUGUCUCCCAGUCUUGUCCUGUGGUCCGAGCUAGCAGAGUGUCUGCCCGGCUUGUAGAUUUGGAAGGAUCCAUGUUUAGGAUAAAUUCCAGCUGCUUCACGGUGUUGGUUUAGAGUCCCUCGCUCCAGUUCUGGUUUCAGCCCGGCAUGUCCCAGGGCGAGCUGAUCGAGCUGCAGGAGCUGUCCCUGGAGGACCGCAUCGAGCUGGCCUCCGAGCCGCCGCCGCCGCCCCCCCGGACCCCCCGCCUGGAGCGGGUCAACGCCCUGCGCAUCAGCCCGGGGAAGGUGCCCGAGCUGCUGAACCGGGUCAGGAUCAUCCGGCUGCUCGGCGACGGCGGGGACCCCCAGCUGACGGAGGAGGCGGGGGAGGGGCAUGACUUCCAGCCCUGCACCCACACGCAGCCCACCUGGUGUGACCUGUGCGGGGACUUCAUCUGGGGACUGUACAAGCAGAGCCUGCGAUGCACCCGCAAGGUGCAUCCUGUGCAAUACAGGCUGAUAAAACUCUUUUCCCCGAAAGUCCCACCCUUCCCGGAGGAGCUGGGAUUUCGCAAUGGGAACGAAAACACCCGGCACUGACCGAGUGCUCCUUGAGGAUUAGAGUCCUGAGGCUCCCUAAAUUGAAGGCCCGGUUUCCCAGCCGACGGCGUGCCCCGGUGAAUUUCGGUGCGGUGGAUUUGGAUGGGGACAGUGCGGUCACAGGGGUUC